CGUGUAAAUAAAACAAUACCGUUGUUUUCACUGUUUGUGACUCUGACUUUGUUUGGACUUCGGCCAAUUGCUUUUACAGCUUUUUCCCUUGAUGCAGCGAUUGCGACUAUUGCUUAAAAACUUUAAUACUCAGUUUUUAUUCAGAAGUGGUACUAUAAGCAACUUAAAGUCAAUUGUAGGAGAAGAUUUUUGAUAGAUAAAAAUAAAGAUUUCAAGAAAGCAAAAGAAACGUUUAAUAACGAAAAAGUAAACAUUUAAUAGCUAUUGCUCAAUUACUAUAAUAAGCAAAGCAAACAAUUAAGUUGGAUUAUAAUGUGAAAUGCGAACCAAGUCGGGCAUAAGUUGAAAAGUGAGAGUGUUUGCCAACAACAAAAACCACUUGACUAUUUAAAGUACGAUUUAUCCAUUUUGGAGACGUUGGGAGAGAAAAAAAGAGAGAGUGAGUGAGUGGGAGAGACAAAUGCAAAAUAAUUUCUUGGCGCAAUUUGCUUCCGAGACUUACAUUUGGAUAACUUCAUCCGAUAAUUUGACAUAUUUACUCGAAUCGUAAUUUUAUUGCAUCUGCUACGUAAUAAUUAAUUUAUGGUCAAUGUUCAUAUUUAAAUAAAUAACUGCUGAAUGUUUCUUAAAAAACAAAGCAGUCGUGAUGGUGCAACAUUCAGCUUAUUCUUCUUUGAGCUUCUUAAUUCUGUGUUUUGCUUACCGCACAGAUUCCCGUUUGGGAUUUGGUUUUCGCCUUGGAGAACAUGCGGAUUUUCAAAUCUUACUUGAAUUGGGACCGCAAAAAGAAACCCGUCCUCUAGGGGAUCAAGACUCAACGGAUGGUUCGGCCUUUAACAAGCGUCAUGUGAAUAAAAAACAACAAGAGGAUAUACUACGAGAAAAAUCGAUCACUGAAAAACGGCCGGCAACUUGGUUGGAGAAAUGGACAAAGGAGAGUGAAAAUAAAAAUACAGAUGGUACAAGACAUUCACAAAUAUUGCCCCAGAAACCAGUUCUACCAGACAAAGUAAUGAAACAAUUGAAAAUGCUACACAAAAUGGCCACCGCAUAAAUAAUAUUUCAUCCAUGUGAAUGCAUUGCAAGGAAAAUUAAAAUCUUUAAAACAAAAUAAAAUAAUUAGACAAUCAAAAGAAAAGGCGCCUACAUCCGGCUGCAAUGUCCAUCAUCACCAAAAUUAUAGCUUGCGUUGAAAGGAAAAGCCGUUAGUAGUUUGUGAACAAAAUGCCAUAGAUGUUUACAGAUAAAAGACAGCCCUAACUGCACUAGUAUUAUGAACAUUAUUCCCACAAUGUAAAAUAUAGUAAAGCUGAAGACUAUAUAAGAUGCCUUGUUCUAUUUAUUUAUAAUUUCUGGAUCAAACUGCGGGCUUUCCAUUUUGGUUGAUUUUUGGACAUGACGUAAUCGACUACGCAAUAUUCAUGACUAUGAACAACACUCGAUACUACACAAACGAUCGUUUUACUCAAUAUAACUUUAUUACAUUUUCUCUU